CUUCGGGUUUAAAAGAACGGCAGUUGAGGAGCGGCGUUAACGGUUGUCGGGCAGCCGGGAAGGCGGCGUGGGCGAGGCGGUGUCCAGUAAAUUCAUGAACAUUUUGAAGCAAUAUUACUUGCUAGAAGAUAUUACAGAAUAAUCUGUUUUAAACCACCUUUAUACUUGGAUCCUCCAUUUCUAAGCUGGCCAAAGAGCAAAAGGUAUCUUUUCCAGGUAUGCAUACUAAUUUGUGACCAAAUUAAGCCCUACUUGCAACCUGUUAGUAUUGUUUGUUCAAGGGCAUCCAGAGCACACCUUCAAUUAAGCAAUGCCAUUCAUCAGGACCCCAAAAGCAUUCCUUCUACGUCAUGGUGUUCUGGAAUGAGUGCAAGGGGUUCCGAUCCUAAUGGCAUUCCAGAGCCCCUUAAAGACCUGCUUCUUCUCCCAGUCAUGGGCUAGAUUGGUGGGAAUAUGAUAUGCUUAUCUUCUUGGCUAGUUCUGCCAUCUUGUUAUUGUUCUCAUUUUCCUAUAUUUAUUAUUUAUUUUUAUAUUGUGAAUUGCCCAGAGUUGGAAGUCAGGAAGUAUGAAGUUGAAUUAAAUAAGAUUUUUUUAAAGCUGUUCUAAGGGAGAAGUGGUUAAAAAGAAAAAGAAAACAACACAAAUUGAUUUCAUUAGAGCGUGCAUCAUUUUGCUGUUAUUUAGAAAAUGGGUAAUGCAAAAAUCACAAGGUAAUUUAAAAGGAAAGCUGAAAUGGUGAUAGUUACUGAAUGUACAGAAGUAGGAAAAAGGACUUAAAGAGCAUUGAGAAAUAAAUAACAAGUACUGUUGUACAUUCCUUCUUAGACAUAUAUUCCUUCAGAAAUAAACUCCAUCCUUGCUCUUUAGAAUUAAUUGCAGCAACUUAUCAAGCUGUUAGAGUUACUACACUCUACUUACUUUUCCAGUCCAGGCACAGGGGCGUCUUGCUUUGUGACCCUGAAGUCUGCCCUACUGCCAUCUCAAACACCCCCCCCCCCAAAAAAAAAAUCCCAUCUCUAGGAGAGGAAGGGAUUGGGGUGAGUAUGCCUUUACCUGAAAAAAAUAUUUGGGAUGUGCAAUAGGUGUGUUUCUAUCUAUCUGGCCAGAGGAGCCGAGGAGGGUUAAUAAGAUGACCUGAUAGAGAUGGAGUUGAUAAAUAAGCAUGAGUUGUAAGGCAUUUAUGACGUGGCAGACUGUACAAACCUAGCUUGGUAUCUCUUUUCCAGAAUUAAUAACUACCCCAACUGAGAGAAGCAAUGCAAGCCCUGAUACGACCCAACCGAUACAGAUGGAAGUCUAUGAACAGGGAAGAACGGCUCAAAGAAGCUGCCAUGGACUUUAUUCGCAUGUGUGCAGAACAGGGUGAGGGUGAUAGCCCGAGACAGCUUCAAGCGGCCCCUCAGCUGGACCCCUACCCGAGAGCCUCGGUGGCCUCAGUGGCCAGACCUAUGCUUCCUACAAUGAUCAGGCAAGGUCCGACACAAUCCAGCUUCCAGUCAGACAACCAGUCAGAGAAUUCCAGAGUUUCUAAGAAACCUGUGAUGAAAAGGAAAGUUCUAAGGCGAACGCCUGAUGGAGAAAUGCAAGUGACAGAUGAAUCUAUCAUUAGUGAAACAGAAUCCAAUAAUCCUAGUGUCCAACAAUCCAGUCCUGAAUGUGAGAACUUAAAUCAGAGAAUGUACCUUCAGAAUGCUCAGGAAAAGGAGGAAGAGUGUAAUGAGGAGAACCAGCCCCAAAGUUCCCCUGGGUCAGUCUAUUCCUGGAGUCCUUCUGAGGAAAGCCAAAAUCAGUGUUCCCGAAAAGCAAGCCAGAGCCUCAGCUCUUCGUCCUUGGAGCAGGAGAUCAUCCUAACUGGCCACCCCAAGUCUUUCAUAUUACCAAAGUUGGAGCAGCAGCUCAGUCGGAACAGAAUGAAGACUGAUCGGGUUGCCCGUUACCUGGAACACAAGCACGACUGGGAAUCCCUGCGGCUCCCAGGAGAAGACCCCAGGAAAGAUGUGCGCUGGAGCAUUCGGGAACAGAUGCUCUGCAAGUCAGAAUUGCCUCCUAAACCGGCUCAGCCUGUUUAUAUUCCCAACAAUUAUGUGGUGCCUACAGAGAAGAAGAGAUCUGCCCUGCGCUGGGGAAUACGCUGUGACUUGGCUAACGGUGUGGUGCCUAGAAACAUCUAUUCCUCCUAAGAACCUGGAAUCUUUAAAAUGUCCUAUACAGAAGAAUUUAGUAGAUCCCAAAGAGCUAGCUCUACCUCAAAUAUGCAGCUAAGCUAUUUUUAUUUAUUUCCAAUUCCAAAUGCCACCCAUUUAAUCUUCAAGAUCUAUCUUGGAUCUGAAUGCCUACUUUCUUGCAAAAGAUUUUUUAAAAGCUACCAUUGUUUCAGAUCAUAUUAUUUGAAUGUACAUAUUACCUUAUAAAAAGACAGGCAGAAGAU